AUGCUAUCCUCGCCACUUGCCCCAAUAACAACGCUUCCUGGAGGGCAUGAUCCGGAAAACAGGGCUCGUCCGGAAGUAUACGACAGAGAGCCCUUGACAGUCGAUGAGCUUGUCCGGCACCGCGCAUCUUUACCACCAUCGCAGCAACCGGUGAUAUCAUACCCGCGGACUGGCAUUGACUAUGUGGACUACCCGCUGCAUCAACUCGAUGUCUUCGCGUUUCGAGUCGCCAAAGCCAUUGCUGACCGGGCCCCCCCGCGGACGACUUCAUCGGAAAAGCCAGCUGUCGUUGCGCUGCUGGGACCGUCUGAUCUUAACUACCUGGUCAUGCUUCUGGCUUUGACGAAGCUCGGCCAUGCAGGUUUGCUCCUCUCGACGAGGAUAUCCGUCGAUGCGUACGUGUCUCUGCUGGAAAAGACGCACGCGAAGCAUAUUUUCAUCCACAGCUCCUUCAGGGAGACUGCUGCAGAGAUCAAGCAGCGGAUUCCGAACUUAUUGGUCGAUGAGAUUCCGACGCAGGGGCACUAUGAUUACCCGAUUACCGAAGUCGUCGAUACGAAUCUCAUGCCGCAUUUGGAUCCUGAGGUUGAAUCGAAGCAUAUCGCAUGGAUUAUCCACUCGAGUGGCUCGACCGGGCUCCCCAAGCCUAUUUUCCAGACCCAGAGCGCUGUCAUCAGGAACUAUGCAGGCAACAUGAACAUGACCGGGUUCAUCACGCUGCCUUUGUACCAUAAUCAUGGACUCAGCUGUCUGUUCCGCGCAGUGCACUCGUGCAAGUCCUUGCGUCUGUACAAUGCGGAGUUGCCGCUCACGAAGCAGUAUCUGUUGGAUAUUAUGCGUUCGCACGAGUUUGAGAUCUUCUACGGAGUCCCCUAUGCACUGAAACUUCUCGCCGAAUCUAAGGAAGGCAUUGCUGUCCUGGCCAAGUUGAAAGCAGUCAUGUUCGGGGGUUCUGCUUGUCCCGAUUCGCUGGGAGAUCUCCUUGUUGAGAACGGAGUCAAUCUGAUCAGUCACUAUGGAACGACUGAAACGGGCCAAUUGAUGACCUCUUUUCGACCACCCGAAGACAAAGGAUGGGACUGGGUGCGGCCCUCAGAGCUGGUCAAGAAGUAUCUGGCGUUCGAGGAGCGUUCUCCUGGGAUUUUUGAGUUGAUCGUGCUCGACGGCUGGCCUUCAAAGGUUCUGUCCAACCGACCGGAUGGUUCUUACGCAACAAAGGACCUCUUCCUCAAACAUCCCACGAUAAAAGCGUACAAGUACUACGCUCGACUGGACGACACGAUUGUCCUCGUCAAUGGCGAAAAGGUCAAUCCGCUGGACAUGGAGGGUCGAGUCAGACAGCAUGAUGCGGUCUCUGAAGCCGUUGUCUUUGGAGCAGGAAAGGCUUGUAUCGGACUGGUGGUCAUUCGUGCGCCUGACACCGAAGCUGUAGCUGACGAGGAAUUCAUUGAAGGCAUCUGGCCUGCCGUGGCACGGGCAAACGAGACAAUGCCUGCGUUUGGCCAGCUUUCCAGGAACAUGGUUCGAAUACUCGCGUCCGAUACGCAAUACCCUCGGACGGAUAAGGGGACGGUCAUCAGGCAGGCUUUCUAUCGGGCCUUCAGCAAUGUGAUUGAGGAGGCAUACGAGGCAGAGGAUGCCUCGACCGGGACAUUGACUCUUUCAGAAGCCGAGUUGAAGGACUUUCUCAGAGAGCAGCUUCAGGGCUUGUUACCACUGAAAAACGGCCUGGCUUUGACCGACGACGCGGACUUCUUUGGCCUCGGGAUGGAUUCUUUGCAGGCUACGCAGUUGCGAUCUGUUCUUAUGAAGAAGCUAGACACAAAAGGGCAGAAGCUCGGAUUGAACGUUGCGUUCGAGCAUCCUACAAUCAAUGCAUUGGCUCGUUUUCUGAAUGGCUUAAGCUCUGGGGUCUCCGAAGGCAUCGUACCUGUCGAGGAGCAAAUGAGUGCCCUCAUCUCAAAGUACAGCCAGUUCGAGCAGCAUAGGCCUGUUCCGAAUGGGUUGAGCGGAAGAUAUAUUGUUGUCACGGGCGCCACUGGAUCCCUUGGAAGCCAUGUUGCCGCGCAUGUUUCCGCACUCGAAGACGUACAAAAGGUGUACUGCCUUGUCCGUGCCAGCUCAACAAUUGAGGCUUACGACCGCCUGCUCAAAUCGAUGCGAGCCCGAAAUGUCUACGCCGCCAUGUCCGAUAUUGCUCGCAGCAAGCUCGUCGCUCUCCCAUCUGAUCUCUCGCAACCCACUCUGGGCCUCGAAUCAUCAACGUUCUACACCUUGACCUCGCAAAUCACAGACGUCAUCCACUGCGCCUGGUCCGUCAACUUCAACAUGCAGCUAAGCAGCUUCGAAAGAGACAGCAUCGGCGGCCUCAAGAACCUGAUCGACCUAUGCCUUCAAGCCCAGCGACCCACGCCCGCCACCUUCAACUUUUGCUCAUCCGUCAGCGCCGCCGUCAACACAGAGGGCCCAAAAGUGCCCGAGGCCCUCCCCAAGAAACUCAGCUACGCCCAGGGCAUGGGCUACGCGCAGUCCAAGCUCGUCGGCGAGCACAUCUCCCUCCAGGCGGCGCAGCAGACCGGCCUCCGCGCGCGCGUCCUGCGCAUCGGCCAGGUAAUCGGCGACCAGCAGCACGGCAUCUGGAACGCAACAGAGGCCAUCCCCCUCAUGCUGCAGUGCGCAAAGACCAUCGGCGCCCUCCCGGCCCUCGACGAAUCCCCGCUCUGGCUGCCCGUCGACACCGUCGCAGGCACCGUCGUCGACAUCUCCCUCUCCCUCUCCGGCGACAAUUCCGCGGUAGAUCCCGGACAAGUCUUCAACAUCGUCAGCCCCCAUCCCUUCCACUGGACCCGGGAUCUCCUGCCGUUCCUCCACGCCGCGGGCCUCGAGUUCGAGGCACUCGAGCAGCGCGCCUGGGUCGCUCGUUUGAGACGGUCGAACCCUGACCCGGCCGUCAACCCGCCCAUCAAGCUUGUCGAUUUCUUCGUGAGCAAGUAUGACACUGACCGGCCUCGACGGUUGCUGAAUUGGCACACGGAGAAGGCGAGGGAGGUCUCGCACACGUUGGCGGAGUCGAAGCCGUUGAGUCAGGAGCUUGUGGCGAAGAUGGUGGAGUAUUUCCGGAAGGAAUGCUGGUGA